UUCUGAAGAAACAUACAUCCACGUGAAGAAAUCGUUGAUGAACGUUAACAAGUGUGUGUGAGAUAAACUCGGUAUUCUUUCCACGUCGUUGUGUUUUCCUUCAUAGAGAAUAUUUAAAUUGAGGAUGUCACAGCUACCUCUUCCAAAUUUUGGAAACUUUCGGCCAGCUUUUAACACUGGUGGAAAUCCAGGGUGGCCGAUGCAAACUGCACCGUCGAUUUUUGGAAGACCAUAUAGUUCUUCGAUGAGUUUUUCACCCUUACUGUCUGUUCACUCUUCUCCUGGCUACCCUGGAUGUCACAUCACGCCUGGAAUACGGCCGAACAUACCUUUAUUACGACCUCCCUUUAGCCACGUGGUUUCCCAGGAAAGGAACCCAUCGUUCCAACAACCACAGGCUACCAAUGUCCAGGGAUCAGCAAGCAAAACAACAGAAGAUAGGGAAAAUGUCUCUUUGAGGAAAGAAUUCAGUUGUGAUGCUUGUCAGAAAGAUUUUUCAAGUAAAGAGACUCUGACUGCACAUUUGGGAUCCCACAUUCAGUGUAGUUAUGAAGGGUGCAAAUUCAAGGCUGGAAGGAAAGUUGUAAAACUUCAUUGGAUACAGACUCACGAAACUGGCAGAAUGAGGAUUAAGUUGGAUUCCCCAGAGGAAAUAGCAAAGUGGAGAGAAGAAAGAAAAAGGAAGUAUCCCACUCUGGCUAAUGUGCAGAAGAAAAUGGAAGAAGAUGCGAAGAGGAAAGCAUCAGGGCAAGUUUUGAAAACCAAGAAUUUUAGAUACCGCAGAGGCCAGGGUAGAGGAAGAUCAUUUCAGCGAGGUGGUCAGAACCAUUUUAACAACAGACGUCAUCCAAAGAGAUUUCCAAAGGAACUGAAUGGAUUAGAUCACACAGCUGGUGACCAAGCAAAACAACAAUUCAGAGAUGUGAACCAGGAGAAGGUAGCACAACCUUCUAAUAGAUUACACAAUGUUGAAGAUCCACUUUCAUUGGUUCUUGAUGACUGCUUUGAAAAUGAGCCAGGAAAUCAAAUGCGGGAGAGUUUAUCUCAAGAAAGGUUGUUGAAGGAAACAUCAGAUAACUCUGACCCUGCACUUUGUAGUGGAACAUCUGGGAUUUCAGCGCUAAGUUCACUCUGCACAGCAUAUGCCAGUGACUCAGAAGAUGACAAACCAUCAGAGGAAAUAAACAACAUAAACACUGCCAGCCUUCCACAAGCAACAAAAACAGAAGAGGGAACUGCUGAUAAAUGUACAUCUGCUGAUACAAAUGUGAAAAAAGAACAACGUAAAGCAACCAAAAGACGUCACAGAAAAUCAAGAAAAAUGUUCUCAAAGGGAAACUCCAACUGUGUAGGAGUAAGGAAGUCAACUUUACUUGAAAAGGUGAGAUUAAAACAAGAUCUGAAAAGAGUAAGUGCUGUUUAUAGAUUCAUAUUGUUGCCAAGUGUUUUAUUAUCAAAUCAGAAGUUAUUAAAACAAAUUUAUUUUUUUUCCCCACAGCUGUUGGCACCAGAUAUUCGACAUGAAAGAAAUGUAAUUCUACAAUGUUUGCGAUACAUUGUAAAAAAACAUUUUUUUGGAGUAGGAGAUACAAGUGUUUCAGAGGAUGUUGUCAAUAAAUGAAAUUGUGAUGAGUGUAAAAAUAAAUUAUAAUUGAAAACAUACUGGUACAUGUACAUACUUUUAUGGACUGUGUUUUUUUGUAAGAUUGAAGAAACAUCAUUGAUAAUUAACUUAAUCAGGUGAUAUGGCAUAAACUUAACAUCCUAGGUAAAAACAACAACAGCUGUUGGCACCAGAUGUUUGACAUGAAAGAAACGUAAUCCUACAGUGUUUGCAAUACAUUGUGAAAGAACAUUUUUUUUUUUAAGGAAGGAGAUACAAGUGUUUCAGAGGAUGUAGUCAAUAAAUGAAAUUGUGAUGUAAAAAUAAAUUAUAAUUGAAAACACACUGGUACAUGUACAUACUUUUAUGGACUGUUUUUUGUAAGAUUGAAGAAACAUCAUUGAUAAUUAACUUAAUCAAUUGGUAUGGCAUUAACUUAACAUGCUAGGUAAAAAAAUUAUUACAACUUAAAAAGCAACUUCAGUUAAAAAUAUUUUUAUGCACUGGUUACUGCUUAGUAGGAAAAAAAUUCCAACACUUUGUAUGGUGACCACACCUGUACACUGCUAAUUUCCUCAUUAAAGGAAGGAGUUCAUGUGA